CAAGAGCAACUUAAUAUUGUCUUUCUUUUGUACUUCAUGUUUGAACUUUCAAUGGAGAGUUUGUCAUCUAAAUAUUUGAUGUGGGUUUUUAUACUACUCUUGGUUCAAAUAUGUGGAUGCAAAGGUUGCAUCGAAGAAGAGAAGAUGGGUUUGCUUGAAUUCAAGGCUUUUCUUAAAUUGAAUAAUGAGCAUGCAGAUUUUCUUCUCCCUUCAUGGAUAGAUAACAACACUAGUGAAUGUUGUAAUUGGGAGCGGGUUAUUUGCAAUCCCACCACAGGUCGAGUUAAGAAGCUUUUCUUCAAUGAUAUAACGCGACAACAAAAUUUCUUGGAAGACAAUUGGUACUAUUAUGAAAAUGUCAAAUUCUGGUUACUAAAUGUCUCCCUAUUCCUUCCUUUUGAAGAACUUCACCAUCUAAACUUGUCUGCAAACUCAUUUGAUGGGUUUAUUGAGAAUGAAGGAUUUGAAGGGUUAUCAAGUUUAAAGAAAUUGGAGAUCUUGGACAUAAGUGGUAAUGAGUUUGACAAAAGUGCCUUAAAAUCUUUGGGCACAAUAACAUCACUCAAGACAUUGGCUAUUUGCAGGAUGGGACUGAAUGGAUCUUUUUCCAUUCGAGAAUUAGCUAGUUUGAGAAAUUUGGAAGUGUUGGAUCUAAGCUAUAAUGAUUUGGAAAGCUUUCAACUAUUGCAAGAUUCAAAAAGCUUGUCCAUAUUCAAAAAGCUCGAGACCUUGAACCUCAAUUACAACAAGUUCAAAAACACUAGCCUACAACAAUUGAAUAUAUUUACAUCCCUUAAAAAUCUUUCUCUAAGAGGGAACCAUGUUGGAGGAUUUUUUCCGAUCCAAGAAUUAUGCACUCUAGAAAACUUGGUGAUGUUGGACCUAAGGGGGAAUUUCUUUAUUGGCAUGCAAGGUAAAUACAAAGUGAAGUUUUGGUUAUAUAUAUAUCAUGUAAGAACAUAACUAAAAUCAACAUUCUUUGCCUAUCAAUUUGUGCAUGACUAUUAUUUAGUUAUUCUUCGUAACAUAAUUGAAAGAAUGUCUAGGUGUACAACAUUUAAGAAUUUUACAUGGCACAAUGAAAAACAUGGU